GUGAAACAAAGCAGUUUGCAAGCAGCCGGACCUGCUAGGAGGGAAGGAAGAACUUCAGAGGGGGCGGCAGCGGCAGCAGGGGGGAGAGAGAAAGGACUUGUCGAGCGCACGGCGGCGAACCGCGCGGUUUCUUCUGCUUUUCUUGGUUUCUGCUCCCCAUCGUGCCGUUUCGUUGGUUUUGUUUGAGAGAAGACGGGGGGAAGGGCUAAGGACACCUCAAUGAAGGAAAGAAGAGCCAGCCAGAAAUUAUCCAGCAAAUCGAUCAUGGAUCCUAAUCAAAACGUGAAGUGCAAGAUAGUCGUGGUUGGGGAUACCCAGUGCGGGAAGACGGCUCUGCUGCACGUCUUUGCCAAGGACUGCUUCCCGGAGGUACGUGUGGACCCGCUUGUCUGAGUUCUUGGAAUUUAGCGCUACGUGGUUCUUUUACGAAGUGGAGCGCUGUGAUUUCUUUUUGGUUAAAGUUAACUUUCAGCGCUAUCUGUUAAAUCUGUGGGAAGCCAGUUUAAAGCGGGUGAGACCGUUUUCACAGAAGAGAUCCCAGGAUGCUUAACCCCCCCCCCCUCACAGGAAUCACACAAAAAAAUAAAAAUUAAAGACGACCUCUCUCUCUCGUGCCCUAUUGUGAGCCACGCGUGGAAUGCGGGAUAGAACUCGAACGUUCUUUCUGCGUUCGAAUUAGAGACCCAUUCACUGAGGCAGUGCCGGUUCAAGCCUCGCGCCCAGUGGUGGUAGAGGGAAGCGCUUAGAUCUGUCCGUAUUUUAUAGGUCGUGGGUUUCAGCGUCGCGCUGGAAUUCACGAGCCCAUCCCGCUGGUGUAAGUUGCCUAUUUUCAAACGCUUUGUUGGUUUUCAGUGAAAACGGUCCAAUCCCUCAGUAGUUAGGAAAUGGUUAAACGAUUAAGAAGGGUGAGGGGCCAAUUUAGGCUGAAAUCUCUGUGGUCUCUCCUCUCUCCCCCCCCCCCACUGAAUUUACAGGAAAGAUGUGUUUGAUACGCGGUGCAAACUUUCAAGAGAUGGUAAUCUGCUAUUUGUGUUUUCUCCCUUUCCUUGCCCAGAACUACGUCCCCACCGUGUUUGAGAAUUACACGGCCAGUUUUGAAAUAGACACACAAAGGAUAGAACUCAGUCUCUGGGAUACUUCUGGUAAGGGAUUUUCUUGCUCGCAGGAAUGCCUGUUCUGUUUCCAUGCCAUUCUGGUGACUCACAUUGGUUUGUAUAUAAUUACAAGCCAUUGCUGUAGCCUCUGUUGUUAACACCCUGCAGAUGAUGUAACUACUUGCCUUUUAGUUUUUUUUCAUUUUACUUUAAUGGACUUUAAUGCAACCUGACUCCUUUCCCUCCCUGCCCCCUCUUUUUAAUUGCAACUAUUUCUGCAUUGUGGUGAGACUGAGACAAUUGUAUUUACCUAACUCCGCUUCCCUAACUCCCCUUCCCGGCUUGACUCUGUAAAGGUUCUUGGGAUAAUUAACUGAACAGAUGGGAGAGGGUUAUUAUGGCCUAUCAUGAGCCUUUCAUUUUAAUAUUUGUCGCCGCUGCUGCGAAAACCAGCAUGUGUUCUCCUUUUGGUAAUAUGUGAUUAUACAGAAACAAGGAGCUUAGCAGCUACACAAAUGCCUAAGUGUGAGAGGAUGUUUUCCUUGCUGAGCCGUGUCCUCACUCUUCCUCAGGAUCUGCUUCUAAGUGUUCCAAAUAUCCCCCCAAAAAACCAUGCAUAGGAAGCCUUCAACUGAGCAUAAUGAGAAGUAAAGUUACUCAUUGGAAGUGUUUGGCUGUAAAACCAGCAGGGGGUGAGAAAGCUUCUGAAGACAUGGAAGUUAAGGGAGUGAGAAAGAAAAACUGGAGUUUGGUAGUGGUUGUGAUGUUCAUUGAUUAUGUUGCCUGUUUGUAGGUACAGUAGGUAUAGGAGACUAGCAGCAGAUGAAGCGUCUUAAUACCAUUAAUGGUAUCUUAAUACCAUUGGUUGAUUUCUCAGUAUUGUCUGCAUCAGUGUUUCCCAAACUCUGGUCUCCAGCUGCUUUUGGACUACAAUUCUCAUCUUCCCUGAGCACUGGUCUUGCUAGCUAGGGAUGAUGGUUUUCCAGCUGUUUUGGAUUACAGCUCUCAAGUUUGGGAAACACUGGUCUACAUUGACUAACAGGAGCUCCUGGGGGUUGCAGGCAAGAGUCCUUCCUGGCAACACCAAGGAUUGAACCUGGAACCUUCUGCCUGCAAAGGCUGUCCUCUGUUGCUCAGCUGUGGCACUUUGUUUCCCAAGUCUUGUUUGAUUAAAGAAAGCAGUGUUCUUCUACUAUUACUCCAGUACCAUGCUAUCCACCUCCUUUCCAAAUUGAUGGCUGGCCACGUAGUUCAAGACAUUAUUGCCUUUCCUUUAAGAGUCACAGCCACGGUCUUGUAGAACCUUGAUUUGGGGGAAACUGAAGAAAAAGUACAACUUGCUUGGAUCAGCUAAGAAAUCCAGUUUUGAGGGACAGAUGGUUAUUUUCUUCUAUUGCAGUUGUGGCCAAGUUUCAUAAUCUUGGGAACCACUCCAGACAGUAGUCUAGAGCGGUUUUCCCUAGCCUCGGGUACCCAGAUAUUGUUGCACAGCAAUUCUCAUCAUCCCUGACCACUGGGCCAUGCUGCCUUCUGCUGACUGGAGCUGUGGUCCAAGGCUGGGAAAAACUAGUAUAGAGGCUGGCUCCAUAAUAAUAAAGUUAGUCCCAUUUAGUAGCAUGAGCCUCCUUUGUGGAGAAUAACAUUUAAGCAUGGCAUUACAUGGAACAGGGUCACCAACAUGGUACGCUUCACACAUUGCUGGACUCUAACUCCUGCCAUUGCCGGCCAGCAUGGCCAGUGGUCAGGGAUGAUGAAUCCAGCAGAAUCCACAGGUCACCUUGUUGGCUGCUCCUGACAUAGAGCAUCCAAAAGGGAGCUUUUUGCACCUUUUUACAACUUGGAAAGGUUCUAGGUAGGGUCACUAAGAUUAUAAUGGCCUUGGAGCCAUAUCUAGGAUGCCAGUUGGCCUUCCCUGUUCCAGAGGAUGCUAGUUCUGGGCUGUGCUUGGUUUAUGGUGGAAAUGAGUGUAUGGGAGUCAUCGUAGCCAGUAUCUUCUGAAGUUAAGAUGGGGAACAUGUGGUCCUCCAGAUGUUGCUGGACUACAGUUCCAUCAUUGCUGGUUGUUGGCCAUGCUGGCUGGAGCUGGUGUUGGUUGGAGUCAGUCCAGUAACAUCUGGAAGGCUGCACUUUCCCCAUCUGUUCUCUAAAGACUUUUUUGGGGGGAGGACUUGGAGCAUAUAGUAGGUUCCUCCAAAUAGUGCGCUCUCUCUCUUAAGGACAUAAUUUCCCAUUCUUGUGCUGGUUUAUAUGAAUGUGUUAAGUUUUUGGGUUUUUUUUUAAAGUUCCUGCAGAGAUAAUCCAUUGGCUGAGAUGAGGGCUAUAAAGCACUGUGCUUAAUGGGGGAGAGUUAAAAUCAUCUUUGUUCGCUGGCGUUUAUGACAGAUUAAAGAACACUCUGUGGCAGAGUGCAAGAGGGCGACCAAGGAGAGGGAGACAAAGGAAUGUACAGGGUGCUGAGAGCAGCUAGCAAGGGAAUGUGAGCGCUGUCUCUUGUCACUAAGUGCAGGAAGGGAGCAGACCACCCAACGUAGAAGCCAUCCAUCCCAGAGCAGAGAAGCAAAAUGGAGCUGGAGAAGAUACCCCCCCCACACACACUUUUUACAGUAGAAUGAAAAGCACAGUUGAAUUACUUAAUGGCUUUUGCAGUAACUUCAAGAAGUGGGCAAGAUUUAUUUUAUUUUACUUGCCUGCCAGUAGCAAGAGCCUAAGCACAAAAUCUGCUUGUGGCACACAAAGGGCUGUCCUGUGAGGAAGGCACGUCGAAGGCGAUAAAAGGCUGAAGUGGCAAGACUCUGCUUGUCUUGUAAAUCUGGCAACACUUGUACAGCUCUUUUGAAGAAACCACAGCUAAGCUCUUUCUGCCUUAGCAGCCUUAACACGAACAUUACUGCUGUUGGCAUCACUGGAAUGCAUGCUUCCAGAUGUGGAUGACAGCUGUGAAGGCUGGCAGUUCUGGUUCUUUUUCAUUUUCUCUCUCUCCUACAGGGGAAUGCUUGCUGCCUUUUUCACUCUUCUGUGAUAAAGCCAAAUUAAAUUCCUCUCUUUCCCCCCCCUGCCUCCCAUUGCCUUAGUAGGAGAAUGAACAUGAAAUGAAGAGGGAGCAGCAAAGGAAUUAAAAGGGGGAGGGGGAAUUUAUCGCAUCUGCAAGACUUUAUUUCUUAAAUAUAUUUGUUUGUGCAUGAGGACUGACAUUAAUCUAUGCUUUUUGUAUCUUGCAUAAUGGUCAGAAAGUAAAGUCCCAUUGAACUCAAUGAGACUUACUCUAUGUGAAUAUGUAUGGGAUUAGACUGCCAUUGACAUUUGCUUGCUCAUUCCUUCAGAAGUUUGCCACUGGGACUUACUCAAAGUGGAUUCUUCUGCCUAUUCCAAACUUAGUUAUUUAUUUACAUUUAUAUUCCACUUUUCCAACAAGGGUUGGUUCUAUCUCUCUAUUUUAUCCUUACAGCAACCCUGUGAGGAAGGUUAGAUGGACUGACAUUGACUAACCCAACAUCACCCAAAUGGAUGAGUGGAGAUUUGAACCCUAGUUUCCCUGGCCCUAGUCUAACACACUACCCACCACACCAUACUGGCUCUGGGAUUCUUUCUUCCUGGGCUUAACAUGGACCAAGGCAUAGCCUCACAUUCUAGACAGGAUAUGAACAUUGAUUCAAAGAGGCCUUCAAUAUAUUAGUUUGGUAUUUUACAGGCACUUCUUAAUGAUCUGUGAUUCAACGUAUUGGUUAUUUAUCAAAAUACAGAUUUGGACACCUAGUUAUCUGGGCCUCAGAUCUUAUGAUCUGCCAUCUCUGAGUUUGUUUCCUGGUUGUACAUUGUUUAGAUAAGAUCAGCUGUAACUGAGUUGAAAUUAUUACUGUAUGACAGUUUCUUAACCCUUUUUAAAAGACAGGUCUUAUUAGUCUAAGUCAAGAUCUGGGCUUGGCCUCAACAGUCCUCAUUUUCCAGUAUGGUGUCAUAGCUUAAGUAGGUCAGAUCUGCAACAGCUGAGUUGGUUGCAGAGGUUAAUGAUGAGCAAUAUAGUGUGAUAUUUUCCUAUCAAAGACAACUGGGGACAACUGUACUGGAAGUGCAAAAUAGGGUAAAACAACUAAGCUAUUCUAGAUGGUCUGUCUGGGAGGAUUUGCAUUAUUUAAAGUUUUGGCAGCACUCUUGCAAUGCUUUUAUAGAGCAAUGGGACAAAAUAAGAUAAUUUAAACACAUGAAAGAUAAUAUUGGAAAUCCUACAGUUUUGUGACUACAGAAUGUCUCUACUGUAGAAUAACCACACACACAAAUAAUGACCCACAUUUAAUGAUACCACUUAGGAAAUACUAUUUUUUUUUUAGAUGCUAGUUUAAUUUGAUAGUGGUAUUCCCAAGACAUUUCCAUAUGAGUUUAUUAGUCUCCAGUGUUAACCCUAUUAAACAAGUAUAUCUCCUUUAAAUCAUCACCUGUCUUGCAUGAACAUUUCUGAAUGUUUAGUGUUUCCCAUUAACUGAAGUUAAUUGCUGUUUGACUUUAAAUGCAUCCAUUUGGAGAAGUAAUUCUGGUCUUACUGUAACUGAGGUCAACAGCAAAGAUCCAGAAAUUAGUAAACAAAGACAAAAAUCUCUUUAGGCUUUGCCCUAAACACUUGAAUGGCAAUCCAUAGACUCCUUCCUCCAGAGCAGCCUUUCUCAACUUUGGGUCUCUAGAUGUUGUUGGACUACAACUCCCAUCAUUUCCUAGCCAGCAUCCUAGUCAUGGAUGAUGGGACUUGUACUUCAAGAACAUCUGGGGGUUCGAGAUGGAGAGACGCUGCUCUAGAGAGUCAACCCUGUGGAAGCUGUGAUAUCAUUCUGGGUCUAUCCCAGCUAAAAUAGACAGGCGUCACUGACGCUGCAAGUUGCAAUAAGUUGAAUGGUUUGCUCUAGCCUUCGUCAACCUGGUGCCCUUCAGAUCCUUUGGGAGUUAGUCUAAGGCUGGUUUACAGCAUGGUGACCACAUUUUUAACAAGAAUGCCACGCAUUCUGAGAGUAUGCUACUCUAUAGUAUGUUUGCACUCCCCAGCAGUUUGUUUAACUUCUAGUUUAUCAAGCUGGGGAGCAGGCAGUGUAUGAAAGUCUGGUAGAAAUGCAAGCACACAUCUCUUUGCCAUAGCCAGGCCUAGGGUCCUUUCUGCAAUAGGGUCCAUGUUUGUGUCACACUCUUGCUGCCUGUGCCCUUGUGGCACAGAUGGAUCACUUAUGAUAUACAAAACGAUACCUACAAAAUCUAAGAAUGACUUUGCAAGAUGUUUUCAUUCUGCACCCCUGAAAUAUCUUGACUUUUCCUGGGGAGGGUAUACUGGUAUUAAAUCUUUAGAUGGAUAAAUAUUUGAGCAUUGCACAUUAAAGCAAUUGGACUGGUUAUGUAUCUGAUUUCCACCCUUUCCCCCCUUCACAGCAGCUGUGGAAUAAUUUGCAGAAAAUCAUAUAUAAUUCUGUAGUCUUAUUAUAUGGCAUGCAGCAGCAGUAAAUGAGCUCAUUUUUUUAACAAGAUCAUUUCAGAAUAAUAUUUGGCUACUCGUAGCUUCUUCAGGUCCUGUCUAAUGGAAUCCAUAAAGACAAUUUACCUGUGUCUGGCUUCUGCUGAAUAUCCUAUCAAAGCUGAAACACAUAUUUUAUCUUCCCUCAUUAAAAUUUGACUCUCUUACAUAACUCAAAUUUCAUGGGUGCAUCAUAAAACUGUGAAGCAGUUGCAGCCAUCUUGUGGGCUUAACUAUAUAUCCCAAAUACUUCAUGAAUUGCAGAAUAUCAAGGAAACCUGAAAAUGUGGACUUGGGAUGGACGUUCUCAACAAGAGUAUCAAAGAGUGGCACAGAUUCCCAGUGAGUUGAGCUUGCUGUGGUUCUGAGGCUCACUGUGUGUCUUUCACUCUAUAUAGAUCAGACAAAAGUGUCUGAUCCCCUGAAGAGUUCUGUAUAAGUUCCAGAAUGUUGGUGUACCUCAUAAAGAGGGUGCUUAUUAUUGACAAAUGAAUUAAACCCUGAAUUGCAUUCUUCCUCUUGUAGCCUUUAGUAACUGGUUACUCAGUUACCCUGAAUCCAGUAUUCCUUAGCUGGAAAUUACUAGGAUCUAACUUUAAAACUUUCAUGGAGUCAGUUGUUGGAAUGUGAGAAGCCUUACUUAAGAGAUGGGUAGCCUGUGGUCCUCCAGAUUUUUUUAGGUUCCAGCUCCCAACAUCCCUGAUUAUGGGCCAUGUUGGCUGGGGCUGAUGAACAAUGGAGUCCAACAACCUUUGGAGGGUAACAGAUUCCCCAUCCCUGCCUUACUUUGUAAAACAAAUACCUUCUACUUAGGGAGAGCGACUUCCAAGCACUUUGAAUUUAACUUGCAAACUUCAGAGAUGAACAUGCAAACUGAUAACUUGGUCAGCUUAGGACAUUGGUAUGGGACAUGCUGAGGCAGUCUUUCACCCCGGGGUCAUGGGCAGAUAUCUGACACGAAGAUCAACCACAAGUUACUGCUGGCUGUCAGUAAGUCUGAUCUGACAUUAGUCUGUAACAAAUGGUAGUGGCAGACUUUUCUACUGUUCUAAGUGAUAGUGUGAUAUUUCAACCUCUCUCAUCAUCAAAAUCAUUGCCGUAAUCAACCCAAAGCCUGCAUGAGGGGGAAAACACCAAGGAAUCCUUGGAGUUGUAGUUUGUGGAUCCUAAAAAGUGUUAGAGAUUAUUAGUCCCCACAUAGAACAACAGUUUACAGAGCCCUGGCAGAUGGGGAAUUUAUUGUUAGCAAACAAGAAGUCUGUACUUUGAACAGAGAUCACAUCAGACAUGAUGCAAUAGAAUUACUCAGUGAAAAGCCACAUAAACUUAAGCCAAAACUUUAGGUUAUGCUGAGUCGGCAUGUCCUUUUGAGCCUGGUAUCGCCACCAACUUACCAAGCAGUGUGGACAAUCUUUACUUCCAAAGCUCCAUUUUGACAGGAGAUCUUGUACCUCCUUUGUGGUCCUUGGCUUCCUUUUGGCAACUUUCAUGCAAGGUGUAAUGGCAGAGUUUUGCUCAUCUCCUAUCUUGUUAUGGGAUUAUAAACUGCAUUUUUUGAGUGUUUAGCUGCUUUAAAUGUCCACAUGGAGUCAGGCAAAUAUAUACUUUUACACAAGUGGCACAGGCUUACUUUGAAGCAUACUUUUAGAGUCAAAAUCCUAUCAUGGCAUUCCUGUUGCUCUUGUGAGCUUCCUAUUGACAUCUGAUUGGUCAUUGUGAAGACAGAAUGCUGGACUAGGUAGGACUUUGUUCUGAACCAGCGGGACUGUUACCAUGUUCUUAUGAAACUAUACUCACAGUUCCUGCAAAUUUAGAGGUGGCUAGAAAUCAGCCUUCCCUAACCUGGUGUCCUCCAAUGUUUUGGAUUCCCAAUUCCCAGGGAUGGUAUGGGUUGUAGUCGCAACAACAUCUGGAGGGCACCAGGUUGCAGAAGGAUGAAAAAGGUAUGCGUGUGUGGUAUACAUUUCACAAAAUCUGGAUCUGAAGCUUUGUUGGAGUCACAGUGAUUUUGUCAAUCUGCUCAUUUUCUUUAGUUGAGCAUGGUUUCGCAUUUUCUGAGACCAUCUUGGAGAAAGAUUGAACAGAGUAUGCUAUUGAGCUGCCUUGAAAAGGGUCUGUUUAGACUUGACAUGCAUUCCCAAGAUUCCUCAGGCUCUGAGGAUUUUGUUCUGGUAAGGAGAUUGGAAUGAUGAAAUGCCCUAUUGAAUUCUAUCUCUCGGCUUUUGUUCUGAGUGGCUGUCUUCUUUGGGCAUUGAUAAAGGAUCCCACUAUUGCUUGUUUGAAAGAAGAGAGAAAACACAUUUCUUGUGAAGCAUCUGAAUUCUGCACACUCUCAAAGGAUGCACUUAAAGCCUCCCAUUCAUUCCCUUGCAUUCUUUCCCAGAGAAGAAUGGCAGCUUGUCUCAUUUAUGUGAAAGCUUCAUAUACUUGUCUUAGCAUGCUGCAUUGUAAUAACAGGAAAUUUUUGUCCAUAGUAAGUGUAAUCACAGAUCCAACUGGUAUAAGUGCAUGCCAUACGUAUGCAUGUACAUAUAUGGUGCGAUAGACCUCUUGAGGAGUGGUGACUGAGCACUUAGGUAUGUGUCUAAGGAAUUUUUUUUCCUGGGUGAGGCUCUUCACUCUUCUCUUGAGCAAGCAACGUCUCUGUCCAAAUUUUAAUGAUCCUUAAAAGCAAAUGCCUUAUCCUGCCCAUACCUGUUUCAGAAUAUUCUGAUGAGAAAGGAGGGUGGCAACUAUGCCUAGAGCUAAGUGAUAGCUGUGGGUGGAAAUUGCAAUGUGAUCUACACCUGCCUAACACUCUGAAAUUAGUAGAGGUCAUCUAGCACAUGGAAUGCUGCACCAGGGGCCAAUCUGGUGCGGUAGAUGGAGCACUAGAGCUGGAGGAAUUGCUUUAAAAUCUCUGCUUGCCAUGAAAUUCUUUGGUUGACUUUAAGAGAUGCAUAAGAACAGGAAUUUGGGGACCUGUGGCCCUGCAGAUGUGGUUGGACUAUAGGUCAUCUUCACUCUGGGCCAUUGGCCAUGAUGGCUGGGACUGAUGGGAAUUGGAGUCUAACCACAACUGGAGAGCCACAGAUUCCCAACACCAUAUAUGUGGGAACAUAAGCUGCAUCAGACCAAGAUCCAUCAGGUCUUUGGGAAGCUCACAACCCAAAGACAAAAGCUUGUAGUCUGUCCUCACCCCUGUAUCUGGAAUUGAGGAGUGCAUGGAGGUUUCAGUUAGUUACUUAUUAAGCCAUUGAUAGUGAAUCAGGUGACAGGAAAUAGCACCUCCAGCCUGAAAAAUCAGAUAGCUAGUGCCAGUCAGAGUAACCAAUGCCUGGCUAGACAGACAAAUUAUCUCAUGUCCUCAUGGAUAAUGUCCACUUCCCUUUUCCCAAUAGUAGCCUCAUCGGUAGUAAUCCUCAUGGGGGUUUGUAAUGAUUAAGAACUCAAAAAAUAAAAUAAAAUUAGCUUUCAUAGACAGGUGUGGGCAGAUGGACUUCUGCAUGUUUUUCAAGAAUACCUUACAACAGGGGUAGCCAACACAGUGCUUUUCAGACAUGGUUGAACUACAACCUCCAUCCUCUCACCCCAUUGGCCUUGCUGAUGGGAAUUGGAGUCAAAUAACGUCAGGCUGCUGCCUCCGCAAUACAGCUGUCACUUGGCAGUACUGCCCCAGUAAUAAAAUGGACCCAGGCCCAUUAGUUCCCUGAGAAAGUAUGCCUUUACCAGUGUUGUCCAAACUGCAGCCUGACAAAUGUUGGCUCUUGGGACCCAGCCCAAAGGUUAAUGGCUGCUUGCAGAACCGAUAAGAGAGGCUGUUUCACCCAUUGCCCGUGCCUGCUUAGACAAGGCACAUGAAAUCAGAUAUUGUGCUAGGAAAAAGGAAAUCUCCACUUCCUGCAGAGGUUUAAAUAGCCUGUUGCACGUUUAACUCUUGUGCUGAGAGAUGAGCAUUACGAUAGGUUUCUGAUGCACUGAAGCUAUCAGUAGCAAUACACAGGCAUGUGAUUCGAGGCUGUGGAGAAUCUGGAGGAAACUUUCAGACUGAGCAGACCACCUUCUGUUUGCCAAGGCUUCAGCCCAUAUGUUCCUGUUUGCUUCAAAAGCAGCAUUCCUCAAAUUCUUUCCUUGUGGUCUUUAGCUGCCCAGCUGGUCUGUUUUUUGAGACGAGUUCCUUUUGCUGUUUACCUUACUACACCCUGAAACAGCAGGAGCUUCUUUUGCCAGGAGGAGGAACCUGCACACAAGCGUCUUCCUAAUACGAUUGCAGUGCUGUUUCUGUACAGCCCUUGAAAGCACUGUUUUCAUUUCAUCCAUUUAAAUCUUGGAGAUUUUGAAUACAACCAGCUUCCCCAACUCCAGUGGGUGAACCUGACCUAACACACCUAAUGUGUUUCCAAUAAUCCUGUACAUAAAUAGUAAACUCCCUUCUCCCAAGUGUGGAUUCUUGUGCAACCAAAAUGGGCAGCACCUCACAGGAUUGGCAGGUUAUGGGGAAUUCCAAAGUUGGGAGAAGUACAAAAAAAGUGUGUGGGAACCCCCAAUAAUAGUCCAGUGAGGACAGAGCAUGCUCAGUGGUUGUGGAACAGUGACUUUUCAGAGGAAAAAACUGGUGGUGGUGCAGGAAUGGAAUCUUCUUCUUCUUUGGCGAUCACUUAUAGCCGAGUAAGAUUCUUCAAUUCGAGUGCUCGUAGGCCAGUGUGUCCCAGUUGUCGGUGUUUAUACUAUAUUUUAUAAGAUUUGCUUUGGGAGAGUCUUUGAACCUCUUUUGUUGACCACCAGCAUCCGCACAACAUGACCCGUCCAAUGAAGUUGAUGUUGAAGAAUCAUUGCUUCAACACUGGUGAUCUUUGCUUCUUCCAGUACACUGGCAUUAGUUCACCUGCCUUCCCAGGUGAUGUGUAAUAGCGCAUCCUAGAAGAUGACAUGGUUGGCAGGAGCAUUUUACGCGGUUGCAGGUCCCACCUGAAAUGUUGAUAAGUUUGAAUUCUGUUCCUCUGGAUUCCUGGGAGAGAGCUCUUGGUCAUUUAAAAUAAUCCAUAGAGUUCCUUAAGAGAUGGCCUGUUUCAGCAAGCUCUUUUGCCUUGCCAGAAGCUGCCAAAAAGGCAGUGGCGCUCAAGGAGAUGCUGAAUGUAAAUACCAAAAGAGAAAUCCCCUCUAAUUAGCUGUUACAGGUUCUAGCAGUUCAUUAAACUGUGAGAGCCUCAAAGAUCUAAUUGAUAUUUGGUGCGGAUGAAGUUCCUGAUGUAAUAUAUUCAGAGGCUAUUAAUAAUUACAUAUAAAUGUAUUUUGCCAGACACCAUGGGACCUAUGUGGGCUGUGGCUGUGCGUAACAGUGAUGACUUAUUUAUACUGAGUCUCCGCAAUGUUUGACACACCAAGCUGAAUGUGGCCCUGAUAUCAGUGGUUGCUGGUCAAGAUUCUUCUCUGCAAGUGAAUUAUAAGUUGCCGGGAAGCAGCCGCAGGACCUUGUGGGCUUCCCAGAGGCAUCUGCUUGGACACUGUGGGAAACAGGAUAUUGAAUGAGAUGGACCACUGGCUUGAUCCAGAAGAGGUCAUCCUGGGAUUAAAGGGAUCGUGACCCUUUAAGUUCCAGGCAGGCAGCACAAAUAGGAGGCUUAUUAAGCCAUGGUGACCGCAGUGUAUGGUUGACUUGUUGAGUCAGAGGCUGUGCAAACCUGUCUGUGCACUCCUGCAACUAUGCAAACAGCUCAAGGCAGGGAAAGGCAUUUUUUCCUCAGGAGGGACCAAUCUCCAGGUGUGUUGCCUUGUGUUGUUGCCUAGAUGCAGGUAGUUAACCCUUGACAAGAUCUACCAAUUAUGCGGGUACCAGUGUGGCUCUUCAUAGCAAAGGCAACUACUGCUUUUCCUUGCAUACAUCUUUUCCUUUUGCUGAAGGUGAUAGAUUACUGGUCUGUCUUACUAUUGAAAGUGGUUGUAUAAACACUAGCAUUUUGCAGGAAGCACAUCUGCCCUGACUUGGAAUGAACCUAAUCACAUGUGCAGGUCCAACCCCCAAGCAGAUUCUGAAAGGUUCUGGGAUAACAACUGGGCCUAACUUACAUCUGUAGCUACUGAUACAAAAAUUAGGCAUGAUGUUGCAUUGCCAUAGUCCUUCUAAAUCAGUUGUGGGAAAGAUUUCACCCUCUAGAUGUUGCUGAACUACACCUCCCAUUGGCACCAGCAUGCAUGGCCAAUAACCAGGGAUGAUGGGAGCUGCAGUUUAGCAAAAUCUGGUGGGCCAAAGGUCAUCCACACCUGUUCUAAAUGGAAUAAGAAAGCACUGUUUAAAAAAGAGAUUUUACUAGGUGACCUUGGCUCAAAGUUAGGAGACUGAGGAUCCUUAUUUUCUAGCCAUAUUAUGCAUUAAUAAUCCAGGCUCAUCAGAAGAGAUUCAGAUUGUUUUGACCUUUGAAUGGAAGCUCAGAACUGCAUCUGUGUAACUCAUUCCUUUUUUUUUUAAUGAUAUUUAUUAAGCAUUUUAAAGUUACAAAAAAAACAAAGAAACAAAGAAGGAAAAAAACAAAGGAAAAGCAAACAGCAGUCAAACCAUACAAAUCAAUAAAAAAAAAACAAAGACAAAACACAUCAAAAUCCAAAAAACAAAAGUAAACCACAAACAAUUAAAAACAGAUCCAAUAUUCCCAAAUCCUUAACUGUCAUUGCCUUAUUUCAUCGACCUCCUCAACCCUCCCUUUUUUGUAUUCCAGUUAUUAAUUAUAACAGCAAAUCCUUCCCAUUUUUCAUAAUAUUCUGUCAUUAAAUUACCUUAAUCUAUUUUAACCUUAUCUUACUUUAAAAGACCCUAAAACUUAAAACUUAAAUCUUAUUUAUACCAAUUUCUCAUAACCAUAACAUAUUCUUGCAUAGUUCUUUUUAACAUUUCUGCUAAAGCCAAAUAGUUUCAUUCCAACAUUUUUCUAAUACUCAUUAAUUUUACAAAACAAUCCUAAAUAGAAAUUUUUUAAAAAACCUUCUUCCAAUCUUCCUCCAACGUCUCUUCCUCCUGGUCCUGGGUUUUGUCUGUCCUUUCUGUCUCAUCCAUUUAGUUCAUUAACCUGGUAAUCUUAUGUCCGAGGCCCUUAAGUCUCUUCCGUGUCCCUUCUGCAGAUCUUCUUCAUAUUUAUACCUGUACUUUACUUUGUCUCCUGGUCCUUUCACUCGUGGAGACUCCAACUUGACAGUAUUUUUGUCCCUUCUCAACAGAUCAGCCCCUUUUCCAUAAUCCACACUGAACUCCAUGUGGUAUUUAAAAGCAUGUUUCAAAGUCCCUCCAAAGUUGGGGACCCCCACAACCCCAAACUCCUCACAGCCCAUUGCCAGACUUGGAAAUUCAAGACAUCCCUGCAUAGGGGGGUCUAUCCAGCCCCCCCAUCUCCAAGCCCAACAAAACUCUAUCUCUCCAAAUCUGGCUUUUUCCAAGUUCAUUUGUCAAAUCCAACAACUCAUGUUCCUGCUGGGCCACAGCUCCGUCCAUCUCUGCCACCCGAGGUCCAACAACGAUCUCCUCCCUCAUCUGAUCUGUCAGAGCACACUCCUGAGUUGAUUCCUGGGUGGGUUCUAUAUAGAUACCCACUACCUGUCCAAAAUUUCUAAUCGCCACCGUCAUCAAAUCCGUCUUCUCAUGUAACUGUUCCAAUAAAGCACUUGUCUUACAGAAAGCACGCACCAGAGCCUCUGAAUACAUUGUUAUGCAAGGUCAGAAGUCUGUUCCCACGAUCUUAAUCUGUUUGCAGCUGCGAAGCUCCCCAGUUCAAGUUUAAUAACAGUUUCACAAGCUCCCUCUAGGGGAAGAACUUCUAUUUGUAUCAAUCUCUUUUCUUUUUUUUUUUAACAGCAGAUCUAACAACAAAGUUUCCUUUUUCAGAUAUUUUGUCAGUAUUUGUUCCUUUAAAAUGCGAAAGAGAACAAUGGAAUCACUAUGUUUCUCUUCUUUUAACUAUCUGUCAAAAACAUUUGUCUAUAGUCAAUGAACUUCCUAAAAACAUCUGUCCUGACAUCCCGCUCCCAGGUUCAAGACGGUGGAAAAUUACUUUUCUUUACACUCUCUCCUGCAAGUUUAAACCAUCCGGAAAAAAUCCCCCCUCUUCUCCUGCUUCCGAAGGGGGUUCAGUAGUUUUAGAUGAUGAAAGUUGAUCCUUUACAAACAAUUUUCUGAACUCUAGUUUGCCAUGUCUUUGCUUUAAUCUAUCUACAAGAAACGGAAGGCUGACUUCCUGUUUAGACCUUCCCACUUCAGUGCCAAAUUAAGAAGAAUUUCUAAUCCAAUUUUCCCUUCUACUCACAGAUCAUUGUUUAAAGUCCAAUUGUCCAAGUUUGAUCUGCUCACGGGUAGUUGUUUUUGUAACCAAAUUGUCCCAGGAAAAAGGUAGCACUCUCCGGCAACGGCUGUGCGGCUUCGCUCCACGGAAGAAGCAGUUGACUCUCAGCACCGCGCCACUAACCCCUCUUCGCUCCGGAGCCCGUAGUUGGGUUCCUUUACGGAUUGGGGGGGCGCAAAAGGUGCCCGCCGAGUCUCAUGGUCACAGGCUUCCUCCGCCUGUGAUUUUUUGAAGGGUCCCCGCUUCGCCGUAGCGGAACAGAUCCGUUUUCAGUGGAGCCAGUCCCUCCGGAUCAGAGGGAGUCCGCCAUUACCGAUGGCGCCACCCCGGAAGUCUGUGUAACUCAUUCCUAAGUAGCAGCUCAACAUGUGCAUCCAUCACUGAUGCACGGAUUGGCCAGAAGGAAGCCUUACAUCAGUGUGGGAAAGGCCUGCGUGGUCAUGGUUUGACAAGCAUGGUGAUCUGCUAUACCAAGCUUUAUGGUAGCCACCACAUAUAUGGUGCCGAUUUGUUUGAAGCUGACCUAAAUUAACAAUAACCUACUGAGGAUAUGGAGCACUCUUGUUUCUGGCAGGUGGUGAGAUCUUGAAAAAGUGAGGUGAGGAAGCAAAGGGAAAUAUAGCAGAGGCAUGGAUGGAACACUUAGGGUGCGUCAUUUAACUGUGUAUACAUAAUGUUUCUUUUCCGCCCAUAACAUGAUCUCACUUAUUUCAACAGGGUCUCCUUACUAUGAUAACGUCCGCCCACUUUCCUACCCAGAUUCCGAUGCCGUCUUAAUUUGUUUUGACAUAAGCCGUCCAGAAACACUUGACAGUGUGUUGAAAAAGGUAAGUGAUGGAAAAUAACUCUAAAUGUAUGUGCAGAGCUAGGAUAUGUCACUGCUGCCAUCUGUAUAUAUGAUCUUGAAGUGUAAAAGCCAGGCUGAUUAUUGCCGCACUCCCAAGUAUUAUGCAAACCAACUGAGAAGCUAAAAAAUAUUAGUCCAUUACUCCCCCAGGUUUCAGGUGUGUUGGCCCAGGCAAGUGUUGAUCAUGGGGUAAAGGUGGCUUUCACUUCGAAAUCCUUCUCUAAGGUUUAGAUUCAAAUCCUAUAGCCUGCUGUACUGAGGGGGAUUCGGGCUCUAGUACCUUGGGAAGGAACUCUUAGCUCAGUGGGGCAGCAUGUGAUUUCCUUGAAGAAGGUCUCUUGAUUCAAUCCCUAAUUAUAGACUUUUGGCAGGAGUGGAGAAACUGCAGCCUUGCACAUGUUGUUGAAUUUUAGCACUCAUCCUCCCUGACAGUUGGCCAUCCUGGCCAGGGCUGAUGAGAUUUGGAGCCCAAUUACAUCUUGAUGGCUUAUAGGUUUCCCAUCCCUGACACACAGUUAUAUGAACUCCCUGGCCAAUGGCAUUUGGAUAGGUACUGCAAUAAGAGUAGACAAUAUAUAGGGCCAGAAUGGGGAACCAGUGACCUUCCAGAUGGAUUCCUAAUGCCCAUCAUUUCCAGCCGGCAUGGCCAACAGUUACGUAUGAUAGGAGUUAUAAUCUACAGUAUCUACAGGUCCACAGGUUCCCCAUCCCUGAUAAGUAGUUAGAUGGAAUCCAAUCAGUUUACUUUGCAGCUUCAUAGUUGAAUGUAUAUUGACAGGAUGCACAAUUAUUGGCAUACUGUUUUGAUCAAUAUAAUUAGUAUUCAUGCACUUAGCAAGUGAAAAGAGCCAAUAUCCGCAUGAUCCUUGUUCAGCCAUACAAGGAGAAGAUUUCUGGUCCAGACCUUAAUUCCUAAAGUCAGACUAGAGGCCAAUUCUUCUUUGGUGUGCCACAGUAUGAAGACUGACUCUGCCCAUUGAAUUGAAUUGUUCAGUAGUGAUGAGUGCGCCAAUCCUUGCUGAUUUUGAUUUAAUUAGGAGGAUAUCCACCAGAAGCUCAAAAGUAAUAUAUAUAUACUUCCUCUGGGAUAGUAUGUUUCUCAAUACCACUUGGUGGGAAUUGCAGGUGGGCAAAGUGUUGUUGCACUUAGGUCCUGCUUGCAUUCUUCCCAUAGGCAUCUGGUUGGCCACUAUAAGAACAGGAUGCUGGACUAGCUGGGUCUUUCAUCUGAUCCAGAAGAGCUCUUCGUAGGUUCUUAGUGGAUGACCAAGAGGUCAUGUGCAUAAAUGGAAGAGUGCCAUGUGUGGAUGAGGCUCAAGUUAGAUUGCUGUCAGGAAGAAUCUUCAACAGCCCUGGAUUCUGUCAGACAUGGGCACUAUUUCCUGGGUUUCUGGAGAAAAUGGCUGCCAUAAUCUUUACUGUUUGCAUGAACAAAGUCCUUGGGAUCAGCUGGUGCUACCUUGCCUUGGCAAGUUUUGGGGAAGGGAAGGGGUUAAAUAAUCCUCUUCUCCAAUAGUGAGAGCUCUUAAUUCCCUUUCCACAUUUUACUUCCUGCCACUGGUUCAGAGAGGUUAAAACAAACAUUACUCAUGCCCUGCUUACUGUUGUCAUGGCCAACAUCAACAAAACUUUGGAAUUGAGUUUGUCUGUGUGGAAGGCCUAAUAUGACCUACAGAGGUGUAGCCCAGUAGACUCAGGAAAGGUGAGAAAAGUUCAGAUUCUACGCUAACAGUUUGACUUGUGGAGCAAUAUAAGCAAGUCCCUAGAACUCAGCUUUAGUUACUUUCUAUGUCGCAAGUGUAUUGCAGUGAUUAACUGCUGCGGAAUACAACAAACAAUAGUGCUAUUGUUGAUUUUAUGUUGGGGUGCAUCACUGACCCUCAACCUCUCUCAAGGCUCCAAAUGCAUUAAUAACUUCAGCCUGCAACAAGAAGCACAUUUGACCUGUAGAUUCUCACCGUAUGCUUCUGUCGCAUCAGUCUUUCCCAUAUCUUUCCAUAAGGUGUUUGUGGCAGAGUUAGGGUGGAUCAUGACCCAGUUGUGAGCUGGAGACAGUGGUGUAUGCAGAGGGUGCAAUUAAGCAAAGUAAGCUGUCGCUAAGUCCCAGUGAAUUCAUUGGGACUUAAAUAUAAGUAGCCCUUUGCAAAUAUUUUCUGUGCAGCUGGGAAACCUGGAAAAUGUGGGAUUGCACAGAGCUCUUUAUCAUGUAAAUGAUAUGUGCAAAGACCUUCCUCAGCUUGGUGUCCUGUAGAUGUUUUGAUCUAUGAAACUCAUUUCCCCCAGCUAGUAAGGCCAGUGGAUUAUGGGUGGGAUACAGAGCUUCAGCUGGAGGUCAGAAAUGGUAGUCUACAGACAUAGUCUCGUCCCCUCACUCCAUGCAUUGAAGUGCAGAUGACUUGAGUGAACAUUAAUUCAGUUUUCAAUGGUUUGUCCAUGAUUGUCUAUUUUGCUGAGUUGCAUUCAUUUUUAUGCCCUGCAAUGUACUUGAAUGCUAGAAUUCCUGUUCAUGUGACCCUCUGGGAAUUGUGAUGUUUUUACAUGCUAGUCCUCUGCACCUGGGGGAAGAAUGUAGAUGACAUUGUAUUCAAGGUUUAAGCUUCACAUUUUAACUUCCCUGCAGUAUGGACUAUAUACCAUCUGUGUGUAUGACAUAGGUUAAGACCAUAUUUUUGAUCUAAUUAUAUGCUUCUCCUUUGUUGUAAGACCUGCUUGUAACUUGGCAUUUGGGCAGCUGUUUAAACUUGCUUUGAGAAAACUCCCUUGAUUAUAUCUAUUCAGUCAGUUGAGUGAAUGAGUCAUAGGGAGGGAAAACGUAAUGUAUGCUGUGGCAGCUGGCCUAUCUGUAGGCAGGUAGGGAUGGAUGUCCUCAUUUUUAAAAUAAUAUUUCAUUCCUGGUUUUCAUAAUACAAGAAAUAAACAAUAAACAUUUUUUUAAAAACCCAAACAGAAGUAUACAUAAGCUCAGAUGAAGUACAUUUUUUAAAACUGAAUAAUUGCAUCAAAAAGUUGGGAGAAUUGCAGAUUUUGAAGGAUUGCUGUACUGGUGCAUUUCAAAUUAGUUCACUUUAAAAUGUGAACCAAACAAUUCCUCCCCCAUCUAUCCUAUCAGCAGGGAGUGCAACACCAAAUGUUUCCUUCUAGUACUUCACUGUAGUACAGCUGACAACUGAAGCAUGAUUCUUUAAAGCAUCUCAUUGCAUUAGAUGGCCACCUCAGUGUUUCUUAUGGCAGCAGGAUACUAACACUGUACUAUUUUCACAGUGGAAAGGUGAAAUCCAGGAGUUUUGUCCCAACACCAAGAUGCUUCUGGUUGGCUGCAAGUCUGACCUGCGCACAGAUGUUAGUACACUAGUAGAGCUGUCCAAUCACAGGCAAACACCAGUAUCUUAUGAUCAGGUAAGUGCCAUGUCGUGUUUUGCUUGUUAAUGAAUGAUGCACACUUCUGACUUGAUUCAUUCAAAUCCUCCUUGGGGCACAGUGCUGCAAAGAGUGUUGGUUAUAUUACACCACUUUUCAUCACUGCUGGUGAUCAGCAGUUGGGAUCUGUACUUUUCUUAUAUCAGAUGCUGUAUGCUACUGACUUAAGGGGUUGCAGGUCACUGGUAGAGCCUAUGUUUCUUAAGCAAACAGUUCAGUCAUUAGCAUCUCCAGCUAAGGCUGGGAAGGGCAUCUCUCUAAAACCCUGCUAAGCCACUGCCAGUCAGUUCAGACCAUUCUACCUGGCAUCCUGCAGAUGCUUAUCCACAUGUCUUGGACCAUAACUCCCAUCAUUCCUGCCCAUUGGCCAUUCUGGCUGGGGCUGAUGGGAGUUGUAGUCUAAGAUUUCUGGAGGACACCAUGUUGGCACAGCCCAGUGUGGACGAUACUGCGCUAGAUAGAUCAGUGGUCUAAGUCAGUUUAAGGCAUCUUUCAAUGUUCCUGUGACUCAGUCAAGAUGAGGAAAGUGGGUGCCGAGUAGUGCUAGUGUUGUUGCAUAGUCCCACUUCAUACUUGGCAUUGCAUCAGGCUGAUGAAGAAAGUGCCUCUCCUCAUUAGUGGGGAGUCCAUAAUUCUCCCCAGUAAGGAAAUAGGGAGCACUAGACACAGCAUACCCUGCAGUUUAUGCUCCAUCCACAUUUGUCUGUAUUCUGCUCCUCUUCCCCCCAUUUCCUAUGUUGUUCAAUCUGGAUAACUAAGCCGACCAUAGGUCCACGUGGCUUUAAUGUGUUCUGCACUCUCUCUCUCUCUGGAGAGGAAGAGUGCAACCUUUGUUUCCUUUUGUAUUGGUAAGCAAUAAAACAGAACUGCUCCUUUUCUUUGAAAAGAACCGCUGCGAGUGUGUAUACCUCUUCAAACUUGAAACUGGACAUUUAUGUAAAAGUAAUUGCAUGCCUUCCUCUCACCAAGGGAUUAUGACAUGAAAACUACAUAGUAUUUUGUAAAGCUCCAUAAACAUCAGUCCUGUGUAAGACCAACAAUCUGCCCACUUCUAAGGCACACUUAACUGGAAGAAAAUUCCAUUGAAAUUGGUGAGGUUUACUUCAAAGUAAAUUUGGCUGGAUUCCUUUGGGCUUCAGUGUCCCAUUUCUUCACAGUGUCCCUGUUUUUGAUAGAUUUGUCUAAUUGUAUAGAAUGUUAUGGGCUCCCCCCUUUUCUUUUUUACAUCUCACAAGGAUUGUGCACUUUAAUGUCAAGUGACAACUGGACCCAACUGGGUUGGGACUGCUGAUUGUCUUAGAUCUGUCAGCAGCCUUUGAUAUGGUUGAUCAUGAUCUUCUGGACCACCGCCUCGCCGAUGUGGGGAUACAGGGCACAGCCCAACAAUGGCUGUGCUCUUUUAUCUCUGGUCGGGCACAGAGGGUGGCGCUAGGGAGGGAGAUGUUGUUCAUGCUUGUUGAAGCUGUUGGGUUUUGGAGUCCAACUGCAUUAGAGCACCACAGAAUAGGCCAUCCCUAGAAUAGGGACAAGAAAGACCACAGUGUCUUUCUCUUUUGGGUGGUGGCUUCCAAGUAAUAGUCAUGAUUCAAGGCUUUUCUGGUACGUUCCAUCGCUGCAGACGUUGGCCUCCAAGGGCUGCAUUUUUGUAGAUUAUAAAUAAUGUUUUUCUGUAAUAUAUGAAGCAGGAUUACUCCUCCAUUCUCCUCUUCAGUGGUUUCCAACAAAAUGUUUUUGACUUUACUCACUGGGAAUUAAUUGACUAGUACAAUCCAAAACCCUCUGAUUGCCACUUCAGUCAUUAGCAGACAGGCUGUUUAAUUAAUGUUGACUGAGUCUCCUAUCCCCAUUUUUCCCCUCCCUCCCCUCCAUUAAAAAGUUUGCACAAGGCUGUGUGUCUGAGGAUUGCUCCUGUCCCCAAAAUUCCAACUGCUUCUCUGAACAGCCAGUAGCCUAUGGUUUCUGGAAGUCUUCCAAAUCAUCUCAGUUUGACAGGAUGUAGUACAGUGACAAAGUACACGAGGCAUUUCCUAAUGUCAGUGGCAAACCUUUUGUUUGUACAGCCUCAAUCUUUAGACAGUCCAAGUUCUAGUUAAGCGGCGUUUUCCCCAAAACUCUGGUGCUACACAGGAAAUCCCUGUAGCAUUUUGUUUUUCUCUUAUCUUUGAAAGAGCUUGUAUCUAGAACUGCAGUGGGUGACUUCCUUAUCUAUGCUUUAAAAGCUUUUGGUAAUUUUGUGCGGUGGUAAAUAGCAAGGUGGGACUAGAAUGCUUGAUUUGUAUGGUAAACAGGGUUCCCCUCCCCCAAGUUUAAUCCUAUUGAUUUAGAAAAAGAGUUGAACGUUUUGACUGACAAAUAACUUUUCCCUUGAUGCACCUGCACCAUGUUCUCUAGGCACACACUUUAAUUCUAGCCAUGUUUAUCUGGAAGUCAGCCCUAUUGAUUUCAAGGUCAAACUAUUCUGUAUGCUUGCCUCUGGCAUAAAACUGGCCCUGCUUAGAGAUGGAACAGAUGCCAUCUGAUGUUUGAAACCCUGCAGCUAGCAUAGACUUCUAGUUUCUGAAGGGCUCCAGUCUGUUGCUUUAAGGGAGCUUAGAGACUGAAUUCAGUGGGGUCACCUGACGCCAUAUGGCUGGAUUUUUCUCUUCUGCAACUAGGUGGGGGUUUCUUAAAGUCAACUACUGUAGGUCAGAAUCUGAACACAUUAAACUAUUCAACCUGUGUUUGGGGGGGGAUGGCAGACACCCAAACCUAAAACUCUACUUUAUCUACUGCAUAAGCAGUGGUUUGAACCACAACAGAUAAGGCAAAGUAGCCUCCUUGGCAAGGGAAGUCCUUGCAAACUCCUUAACCCACUGAAGGUCAAAGUGCCACAAAGAUCUGGUCUGUGUAAGGAGUUGUUGCUGGUCUUGCAUUCCCACACAUACUAUCUCUGCUAGAGGGAAUUAUUGUCCUCAUCUCUGGAAAUUUCCAGAGGUGUGAAUGACCUUGCAUGAGAUCUGCUGGUGGGGCGGGUUAGCAGGAACACCAGCCUAGGAUUGCUAAUGGCCACAAAAACACAACACCAGACCAUUGACCUAAAUUUAUGAAUUGCUGUGGCUAGAGAACCCUGACAUCCAUGUGGGUUAGGGCUUGUGGGAAUUGGAGCCCAACAACAUCUGAAGGGCUCCAUGUUGGCUACCUCUGCUUGGCCCUACAUGCCCUUUCAGGUCAGAAAAAAAGGGUAAAUAGAUCAGAUAUAUUUUUGCGGCUAUGCUUGUACUCCUCAGUUCCUUCCUUGUAAGGCUACUUUGUAAGCUGGGGUUGAGGGUGCUUAAAUUGAAGAUGCUCUUGGUCUCCAUGUCCAAUGCAGAAAGUCUUUAAAACUGGUGUGCCCAAUAAUCUGCAAGUUCUAGGUUGCUUUCUGUAUUUAUAAGGACAGUGGAUUCUCCUCCUUAUUUGCCUGAUGUGUUGCCUUUUGUUUCCUCAAAGCAUUAUCUCUAAAACAGCAUCCCAGAGUAAUGAUUAUAUGGCUUGUCUUAGUUCUCUCUGGAUUUCUGCUGAUGCCUGUAAUCUAAUCUAUUCUCCUCUACCUCCACAGGGUGCAAACAUGGCCAAGCAGAUUGGAGCAGCCACAUACAUUGAAUGUUCAGCCUUGCAGUCAGAAAACAGCGUAAGGGACAUUUUCCAUGUUGCUACCUUGGCCUGUGUGAACAAAACAAAUAAAAAUGUUAAGCGGAACAAGUCUCAGAGGGCAACUAAACGAAUUUCACACAUGCCAGGCCGGCCGGAACUUUCUACAGUCACCACAGAUCUGCGAAAGGACAAAGCGAAGAGCUGCACAGUGAUGUGAAGGAUUUUGUUUCCUUAAAUGGAGGUAGCAAGGACAAUUGUGUUUGGGUGGGAUAGGUGAAGACUCAACGAGAAGUGCCCAGUGAAAAUGGUCUCUUGUAAGGGCAUGCCAGUGAUAAAAGGCGAUGAUUCACCUUCCGUAGGCAAGAAACUGUACUUGGGGAGCUGGUAUGUAGAGGAAGCAGUGGGAAGAGAUGGAUUCUGAAGGGAUGUCAAUGUUACUUGGAUGAAAUACCAAAUACGAAGGAAACUAUGUGAAUGUGCUAAAGAAGUGAAAGGAUUGGUAGCACCUGAAGAAAUGAUGUCCUGGAGGAUACUUAUUUUUAGAUCUAUUUUUUGAAUACUGACUUUGAUUUUGAUUACAAUCUAAAACGUUGCUUAAAAAAAAAGAAAAGUCAAGAUAUUCCUAUUCCCUUCAUUGUGAAGCUUGCCCCUUUGAGACUGUUUGGUUUCCCUCCCCCACCAAAAAAGAGAGAAUAUGAUUGCUUUUCCUCUUGGUUUAUGUUAAAGAAAUAGGAAAUAUAGGUCAUCCAGAGGAAAACACUUUGUUAAAAGAGGCUUUAAAAUCUUUUUUUUCCCCCGAGGCAACUAGAGAAGGAAGAAAUUAAAGAAAUCAGUAAUAAAAUAGCCUUCAUAAGCUUCUAAUUAUAUGGAAUGAAGCUGAAGAAAUAUCUGUUAAGAGUACGGUAGUUCUCAAACACAGAAUCUUCCUCUUCUCCAUUGUGACUGUAAUGAGAAAUUUGAUAAUGGCCUGAAAGUCAAUUUUUUGAAUGGCUUCUUCAUAAGGCAGUUGUAUACUGUAUGGACGUCCUGUUGCAAGAUCUAAACAAAUGGUGCUACGAUUUAGUUAUAAAAAGGUCCUUAAUUAGAAAGGAAUUUUAGUCUUACUGCCCUCCUAAGCUGCUCCUUGGGUGCGAAGGAGGCCAAACCCAGCACUGUGUAAGGAAAUAAGUGCUGUUCUGCUCUAUGACUUUUCUACAAUUCUAUACUGGGUGUUUUUGUUUUUUGUUUCUCUUUUUUUGUUUCGUUUUUUAAGUUAGCACAUGAGCCAACAUACCCAAUUAUCUCUUAUUAUGAUGCAUCUCUAAAAUGGCUGCAUAUGGAUGACUGUCUCUUAUUACACGUUUCUGUUUACUUGUAAUGAGCACUCUAAGGAAAUAGGGGGAGGAGGAACCUGAAGAACAGCGGAGCCUUUAAGGGGUCCCAAGUGGAAACUGGAUAUUGCAUUAAUCCUAAAGGUCUAAUGCAAGCAUAUCCAGACAGUGAUCAUUAAACAUUACUUGUGUGACCCAGAUUCUGUCAAAUUCCUUUUCACUGACUGAUGACUAUUGUUACAUCCACUAAGCCAAUCUUGAAAAUAGUUUGCAGAUGUUGUUAUGCUUCAGCAGACACAGCAGAACUCUGUCGAGGGUGUCUCUAGGACUUGUUGAAUGCAAGCAUUUUUCUCAAAUGCUUCAUUUUUGAAGUAUUAUUUCCACAAAAAUUCCAGAUAUAUUGCCACCAUGAUAUGCUUUGGAUUGAUGCAAUGGUAUGCUUAAGGCAGUAUUAAAAAAAAAGCAAAAAAGCUGGCAAGUGCUUUCUGUAUUUAAGUAUUGUAAAAAGAAAAAUAAGUUAACUGUUUCAGCAAGACACCCCUCACUUUUUAACAUAUGUCCGUCACUUUGUAUGUUUGGUUAUUGUUUCUGCAGUAUUUAUUUUUUUCUUUUAAAUAAAAAAAUGUUUAGUCGUUGGUAAAAUCUCUACUUGUGUGCUGUUCUGUAUUGUCCACUGAUCGCUUGCAUACCUUAGGCUGUAAUAUAGACCAGCCUGAGGAUAAGCCUCUCUGAACAUGGUGGGACUACUGAGUAAACAUGCUUCUACUUGUAAACAUACUCAGGACCUGUGCUAUUUGUCUAGAAAACAUGGUGCCGGAACCACUGUAAUGGCAAUGGUGCCCACGUGAGAGGUGCCAGAACUCCGUUCCGGCGAGUUCCCGCUGAAAAAAGCCCUGCUCAAGACAUUAGUUUAAAUCAAUUUCAAUUAGCACCCACAUCCAGGUUUUGGGAAGGCUCUUGCCGAUAUAUCAUUAGCUAUGAUAAAAUGUACAAAGUGCUGAAAUAAAUGCCACCUCUUUACUAUUCC